ACCCGUUAGAACGUCACAGUUUACGUAAACGAGCAGUCCGUAACCGAAAAACGUCAACGUAACUGUUUACCACAGAUGCACAUUUAACGCUAACUGCGUCAACUGACACCGACCGAUGGUCAAUGUUUUACGGUAUUCCCCGAAGAGAAUUCGUGGAAUUUCGGAGAUUGUAUGUAGGCCCUUGUCACGUAGACCUGUUUAAUCCACAUUGGCAAAAACUCUUAACCAGUUCUCGCUUUUGAUCCAAUGUCAGUCAUUUAAGAGCAGACCUCCUUCAUCGCUGACUGCACCGUGAACGUGGUGUGAAGUUUUACGAUUUGCUCGAAACAACUGCACUGAAGAAAUUGGAAUCCAGUCACGAUGAAUAUUUUUUCAUCUUGUUUUGUAACUGGCAAACAUAAACGUAAAAGUUCUCAGUAUUCGGCGAAGUCUGCAGUUUUAACAUCGCCGCCAGUGGGACGUGUUACCGAGAAAGACGAUCCAAAUCUCGACAUCUGGAAGGAUCAGUUUUCGACGGGCGACCAGACAGACACCAGCAGGAUAGCAUUCUACAACAGCGGACUGGCAGCGUGUGUCAAGUGUGGGGAGAAAAACAUUGGCAGGUUUGAGGAGAAGGCCGGAAUCAGGGCCAAUGGGGAGACGUUUGGCACUGAAGUCUUUCUCUGCCAGACGAAAGGCUGCAAAUGGGAAACCAGCUUUAAAUUUGACGAUGGACAUUCAGGUGCCUACCACUUUGAGACUGCAGAAUGGGUAAAAGGAAUAGCACAUUUCCCAGUCAGCUUCAUGAUGAUGUGGGCACGCAAGCACAACCUGCCAGACCAAGUGUGCCACCAGAUAUUCGAGAACAGAAUCGAUGGCAACACAAUGCUUCGACUGAUCAAGGAGGAUAAACUCGCCGCCACUCUAGACACAGAUCGGAAGACUGUGAAGAAAAUCCUCAAUGCUCUGAAGAAAGAGAACAGCACGAUUCUGCUAUAAUAGAGACAUGUUUACCAUACAGCCAGCCAUGCAAUGACAGAUCCUAGUAACUUUUUAAAAACUUGUUUUAGAAAAAAAAAAAAAAAACUGGUACAGAUGUGCCUGGUUAAGGACGUGUUGAUUGCAAUAUUUAACAAGGCUACUUCUGAAAAUCGACUUGAUCACUGGAGAUGCCAGUCUUUCUGGUGAUGCAACAAUUACUGUGGAUGAUUACUUUCAAUACCUCAACAAAGUUAUAAUUGAAAAAAAAUAACCACUGCAUAAACUAGUAACUUGUAAAAAUUAUAUUGUUGAAAUUUUGAGCCAAAAAUGAGUUACUAAUUAAGUCAAUGAAUGGCAGAAGUGGUGUACAUUCUUGUUAGAUGCAAGGGUUAAACUUUUGUGCUGUCUGCUACCUGUGUUGUCUAACAACUACAAGGCUUACGUAUGGUUAGUGUGAGAGAUGUGUUAGGCAAGUGUUAAACUAUGGUGCUGUCUGCUACCUAUGUUGUCUAACAACUACAAGGCUUACGUAUGGUUAGUGUGAGAGAUGUGUUAGGCAAGUGUUAAACUAUGGUGCUGUCUGCUACCUAUGUUGUCUAACAACUACAAGGCUUACGUAUGGUUAGUGUGAGAGAUGUGUUAGGCAAGGGUUAAACUAUGGUGCUGUCUGCUACCUAUGUUGUCUAACAACUACAAGGCUUACGUAUGGUUAGUGUGAGAGAUGUGUUAGGCAAGGGUUAAACUAUGGUGCUGUCCGUAAUCUGGGUUGACUAGUUGAAGCUUAAGUAUGUUAGUGAGAGAGACAGUAUGGUAGGCAAGGCUUAAACCUUUGAGUUGUCCUUUAUCUUGGCUGUCAUAUCAAGACUUACAUAUCAUUAGUGCAAGAGAUGAUCUGUUAUAUAAAUCAAGACUUAAGUAUGGUUAGUGCGAGAGAUGGUCUGGUAGGCAUGGGUUAAACUUUCGUGUUGUCUACUAUCUGGGCUGUCAUAACAAGGCUUACGUACCGGUAUGGUUAGUUCGAGAGAUGAUCUGUUAUAUCAAGACUUAAAUAUGGUUAGUGCGAGAGAUGGUCUGGUAGGCAAGGGUUAAACUUUUAUGUUGUCUGCUAUCUGUGCUGUCAUAUCAAGACUUACAUAUGGUUAGUGCGAGAGAUGGUCUGGAAGGCAAGGGUUAAACUUUUGUGUUGUCUGCUAUCUGUGCUGUCAUAUCAAGACUUAAAUAUGGUUAGUGCGAGAGAUAAUAUGGUAGGCAAGGGUUAAAUGUUUGUGUUGUCUGCUAUCUGUGCUGUCAUAUCAAGACUUACAUAUGGUUAGUGCAAGAGAUGGUCUGGAAGGCAAGGGUUAAACUUUUGUGUUGUCUGCUAUCUGUGCUGUCAUAUCAAAACUUACAUAUGGUUAGUGCGACAGAUGGUCUGGAAGGCAAGGGUUAAACUUUUGUGUUGUCUGCUAUCUGUGCUGUCAUAUUAAGACUUACAUAUGGCUAGUGCGAGAGAUGGUCUGGAAGGCAAGGGUUAAACUUUUGUGUUGUCUGCUAUCUGUGCUGUCAUAUCAAGACUUACAUAUGGUUAGUGCGAGAGAUAAUAUGGUAGGCAAGGGUUAAACGUUUGUGUUGUCUGCUAUCUGUGCUGUCAUAUCAAGACUUACAUAUGGUUAGUGCAAGAGAUGGUCUGGAAGGCAAGGGUUAAACUUUUGUGUUGUCUGCUAUCUGUGCUGUCAUAUCAAGACUUACAUAUGGUUAGUGCGAGAGAUAAUAUGGUAGGCAAGGGUUAAACGUUUGUGUUGUCUGCUAUCUGUGCUGUCAUAUCAAGACUUACAUAUGGUUAGUGCAAGAGAUGGUCUGGUAGGCAAGGGUUAAACUUUCGUGUUGUCUACUAUCUAGGCUGUCAUAAUAAGGCUUACAUACCGGUAUUGUUAGUGUGAGAGAUGAUCUGUUAUAUCAAGACUUACAUAUGGUUAGUGCGAGAUAUGGUCUGGUAGGCAAGGGUUACACAUGUACUUUAGUUCUGUGACUGGGCACACACACACCUCACUCUCUGGGCUGUCUUGUCUAGGACAUAGGUUAGAACAGUAAUGAGAACGAAGUUGGUGUAAAAGCCUAAAAUUUUUCUACCGAUAUACGCACUCGUUAUGGUUUGGAGUUGAUUUGGUCUGGGGUUUCCAGUACUGUAACUCAAUUUAAAUCAUUUGUUUGAUUAGGAAACAAUCUGUGUGAGUAUUAGUGACCACUUCAGUGAAAACAAGAUGGCGUUCACACACCAGUCUGAUGUAACAUUUUCAACUCAUUUCCUGAUUGUAGCAUCUUCAUCCUCAAUUCAUACAGGUACCAUUUGUCAGUUAUGUUCUAAGACAAUCCUUUUUCCUUUAUGUCUUCCUGGAUAUUACAACAAUCUAAAUAUCCCCCCCCCC